AAGAGAGAGAAAAAAAAGAGAGAAGAAAAAAAAAAUUCUAUUCUAAAAAGAGAAUAAAAUGAGACCAGUUAUCCAGCUGAUUCUCUUGGUUUUUAUUCUUUUCUUUUAUUACUUCAGUGAAAUUCAUUUAAUGGCUGGUGUUGAUUCUUUUGAUUUACUCUUUAAUCAAUCAUCUAAAUCUUUUUACGGUUAUCGAGAUACUCUCCUAAUUCUUGGAAUCUACUAUGCGACAAGAAAAAGUAUCUCUCUCAUUGGCGAUCUCACAAUUGGGGUGAAAACAUACCUAUGGCCUAGAGUAUCACCAACGGAUCUUUCAUCUUAUGGUAAAUGGGCAGUGAUUACUGGUGGUAGUGAAGGGAUUGGCCGUGGUUAUGCUUUCGCUUUGGCUGAAAGAGGCUUGAAUAUUGUUCUGAUUGCUCGUGAUAUGAUGAAAUUACAAUCCACUGGAGAUGAGAUUAGAGAUCGUUUUGAUGUUGAAGUGGAACAAAUCUCAGCUGAUUUCAAUGAAGGUCCAUCAAUUUAUCGGUUAAUUGAACAAAAGCUUAGAGGCAAAGAAAUUGGUAUUCUGAUUAACAAUGUUGGUGUUAUGCCAUCAAGACCUUCACCAUUUUUGUCUAAUGAUUCUGAUUAUUUGCAAAGGCUUCUCAAUGUUAACAUGGCCUCCGUUUUAUUUAUGACACAACUUGUACUAAGAGAUAUGGUUUCCAGGGAGAAAGGAAUCAUUGUAAAUAUUUCAUCGAUCGCAGCUUACCAUCCAUUGCCUUUAAUGUCAGCUUAUUCAGCCUCCAAGGCUUUUAUCGACUAUUUUUCCCGUUCACUUAACUACGAGUAUAAAGAUAAAGGGAUCAUUGUUCAAUCAGUUAUGCCUGGUUAUUGUUGUCCAUCUCAAGAAAAUGAUUUCAAUAACAUUCUGACCACACCUAGUUUACUAUUUCCUUCAACAUCAACUUUCGCUGAAUCAGCUGUUCAAACCAUUGGUAAAAGCUCACGGACACCAGGAUAUUGGCCUCAUGGUCUUUUAACUUGGUGCAUAUCAAAAAUACCCCAAUCAGUUUGGUUUCCUCUUGUUUCCAUGAUUCAAGAACAGUUGACCAGUUAAACUGACCUUCAAUGGUCACUAAUUUCAUUUGCAUUCCCAGAUGAAAACAAGAAAAAAAAAGAAAACAAUAUGAAAGAAAUCAAAUCGAACCAAAAAAAAGGAAAAGGAAACGAUGCCAUUGCCUAAAUUAUUGUGUAAAUGAAGCGCUGAUAAACAGUCAACAAUAGAAUUUUUGAAUUCAAGUUACAUCAGAAAUUAAUGACUGUAAUAUGUGUACAAUUAACAAUUACGAUAAUUGUACUUUAUAUAUUCCAUUAGCGCUGUUAUAAUUGUCUUUCUGAUCUCACCUCUUUUCCCUCGAUUUAACUUUUAAAAUUAAAUUCACUUUGUUUUCUUUCUGA